AUGGUCCAUAACCACCCUCUAGAUCAACUGAGUGGCGAUGAAGUCCGGGCCGCUCGUCAGGCCGUCCUCAACGCCCGAAAGGCACACGUCCUCUUCCGCAACAUCUACUCCGUCGAGCCAGCCAAAGCUGAAUUGAUCAAGUUCCUCAACGCAGAACAUGCCGGGACUCUCUCUCCAGAAACCCCCCGCCCACCCCGCCGGGCUCGCGUCCAGUAUGAUGUCGUCUAUGACGAUCGAAGCCAUGAAUACAUGGAGUCUAUCAUCGACAUUGCCACGGGCAAGGAGGCCGACCUGAGACGGGUAGACAGAGGCGUCCAACAGUCCUUGACGGUGGAUGAAUUCCGAGAGUUUAACAAUGUUUGUAUAGAGUCGGACAUGUUUAAGCAGGCCAUCAAAGACCUCAAUCUCGACGAGAAAUUCGAGGUUGCCAUUGACCCGUGGCCUUACGGUGGCCCCGAUGUAGGAGAAGUCACUCCCCGAUACACACAAGGACUUUGCUUUGCAAAACUGCGACAUGAAAACCCCGAUACCAACCACUAUGCUUUCCCUCUGCCCAUCAUCCCUGUGAUGGACACGUACAAGAAGGAGAUCAUCCGCAUCGAUCGGUUAGCCACGGGUGGCACCGAGGAUGGGUUGGCCUCUGGGACCGUCGGGGAAAAGGUCCUCGAGCACUGCCGACCCGCUGAAUAUGUACCGGAGUUGCUGGACAGGCCUGUCCGUAACGACUUGAAACCGUUGAAUGUUCUACAACCAGAGGGGCCGUCCUUCACGGUGGGCGAUGACUCCUUGGUCGAGUGGCAGAAAUGGAGAUUCCGAGUCGGAUUCACUCCCCGAGAAUGUGCUGUAUUACAUGACGUCCACUACGAUGGCCGCAGUGUCUUAUACCGUCUGAGCUUGUCAGAGAUGACCGUUCCUUACGGUGACCCCCGCCCCCCGUUUCAUCGAAAACAGGCAUUCGAUUUUGGCGACGCCGGUGCCGGCCGAGCUGCCAAUAAUCUUGCUCUUGGCUGCGAUUGCCUUGGUGUGAUUAAGUAUAUCGAUGCCAUGCUUGUUGACUCUGAAGGCAACCCCUCGUUGUCUAAGAAUGUUGUGUGUGUUCAUGAACAGGACAAUGGUAUCGGGUGGAAGCACACCAACUUCCGAACCAACCGAGCUGUGGUGGCAAGAUCGAGAGAGUUGGUCGUCCAGUUCAUCAUCACUCUGGCAAACUAUGAGUACAUUUUCGCCUUCAAGUUCGAUCAGGCCGGGGGCAUUACUGUCGAGACGCGAGCCACGGGUAUCGUAUCGGUGGUCAACAUCGACCCCGGCAAAGUCAGCCCUUACGGAAACGUCGUGUCACCAGGAGCAUUGGCACAGAACCACCAACACAUUUUUGCAGUUCGGAUUGAUCCCGCGAUUGACGGACAUGCGAAUACAAUCGUCACGGAAGAGUCGCUACCCAUCCCUAUGAAUCCCAAGACCAAUCCAUUCGGUAAUGGCUACGAAGUUGUAGGCAGAGCAGUGACCAAGUCUUCCGCCAUCCAUGCCUCUCCUUUCACGAAUCUGACAGUCAAGAUGACCAAUCCCAACAAAAUCAACCCGAUUUCGCAGCGGCCAGUGGCCUACAAAUUCAUUCCUUCGCCGUCGCAAUUGAUACUGGCCGAUCCCGAGUCCAUUGUUGCUAAGCGAGCGGCAUUUGCUCACCAUCACAUUUGGGUCACGAAGUACAAGGACCACGAGCUCUUCGCCGCGGGAGAAUUCACCAACCAGUCGCAGAAGGAGGUUGGCGGGGUUGCGGACGCAGUUGCCCGCAAUGACACCGUGGAGAAUGAAGACGUGGUGGUUUGGAAUGUCUUUGGGCUCACUCAUAACCCUCGGGUGGAAGAUUGGCCGGUGAUGCCUGUUGAGAUUCACCAGCUUCACUUACGGCCGGCGGAUUUCUUCGACCGAAACCCUGCGUUGGACGUUCCUGCGAAUAAGAACCUCAGCAGCGUGGAGGUUGGCCGGGACACGGAUGAAACAUGCUGCCACACUGAUGUGACCACGAACGGGAGUGGUUUGGUACAGGCGGCCCCGACGACACAUCUACAAGGGACGGGAAGCAUACCCAUGACGGAUGUCAAUGGACAAUAG